AGCGCUUAUAAAAAGCUACACAAAAAAGUAUUUUAAUCAGUGGUUCAACAGAUUCCAUGGAAUUACAGAUCGGCAUUUUUUUUUAAAUAUGAUUGUGCCGACAUUCUGGGUGGGAGUCUGCCUCGCCAGCAGUGCCGUCAUGGCUUUCUCUAAUCUCGACAAACCAUACUACGACCUGGACGACGCCGAAAAUCUUUUUAGAGACUUCAUAAAGGAGCAUGGAAAAGUAUAUGACAGGUCAGAGUAUUCUGAACGGCUUGAAAUUUUCAGAGAGAACCUAAAAGAUAUAAACAGACGAAAUGAAAAGUAUCCUAUGACAGCGUUUAAAGUAAAUCAUUUAGCUGAUAUGAAGCAUGAAGAACUGCACAUCCACAUCUUUAAAGAACGGCAUUCUCAGCAAUUGAGUGAAACGAUAAAGAAAGUGACUAUCCCUGAUGGACCAAACCCUGCCCCGGACACAUUUGACUGGAGGACACAUGGGAAAGUUUCAGACGUUAAGAACUCUGGAAAAUCUUGUUUUUUAGGCUCCUAUAUCUUCAGCGCUAUUGCCAACAUUGAAAGCCAGUACGCUAUGAAGUAUAAUCAGUGUCUGGCCCUGUCUGAGGGGCAAGCCCUUGACUGUUGUCUCGAUAACUGGGGUUGCAUUGGAGGUUAUCCCGAUAAACUCAUGGACGAAUUCGCCAGAAAACCGGGAAUCAUGUUGGAAGCUGAUUAUCCCUUUGUGGGUGAAAGGGGGUACUGUCAUGAGGAUGACACUAAAGUAGCUGUCGGGGUAAUAGAAGGCUCUAAAUUGAUGAAUACUGAAGAUGAAGAGGUUUUAAAGCAGAAAUUAUACGAGAUCGGACCAUUGUCAGUGUGCAUCGAAGAUCGUGACUUCCAGUUUUAUAAUGGAGGCAUUCUGGAACCUGAAAAGUGUAUGGAACAGCCUAUUUAUAUAUCUGGUUGCUUCCUCUUAGUGGGAUAUGGUGAAGAAAAUGGUACAGCGUACUGGACAAUGAAAUUCGCGGCGGGACCGGAGUGGGGGGAGAAGGGGUAUGCGCGCAUGCGUCGAGGUGUCAAUGCAUGCUUUAUAGGCUAUUAUACGGCCACUGCUACCGUAGUAUAAAAUAUGACUCACGCUAGACCGGGCCGGGGCCGGGCCAGAACGUCUGACACGUCAUUUUCUAUAAUAAUACAUGGAAAUCAUACCAAAAAAGAGGUGUUGUCUAACAUCAAAUGAGGUAGUUCUGUUUUUUUAUAUAUAUUGGUAGUGAUGAAAUAGUAAUGACAAAUCCCAAGGGCUUUCGAGGUGGAAAACUUGGACUUGUUAUUACCAUUUCAUCACUAGCAACAUAUUAAAAUACAGAACUACUUACCUCAUUUGAUGUUAGGUAAAAUGUACCAAUUCCAUGGGCUAUAACGGCCAUGCACGCGUUGCUUUCCAUAAAAAACGAAGGCCUGGAAGCUCCAGCCCGAUUCGGUCUAGCGUGAAUGAUCCUUAAACGCAAGUAAGCAAGCUCCGAAGAAUCUAAUUUUAACCCCAGUUAUUUCUACGAUGGUUUAUGAAUAAAAAAUAAUAUUGUUGCA